GGGAGCAGAACAGACCUUUGCUUGCUGCCUAGCAGUUCUUUCCAUUGGUAUUUGCCUGUAUUCUUUAAGAAAAGAGGAAAGAAUCUCCCAAAUAUCAAACAUGUAUAUCAAAAUUCAUAGCACAAAAGCAAGUUCAGAAUCUGACCUAGAAUCUGAGAAAUCUACAGAAAUAAUACCUCAUACUCUUCAAAUACCUGACUCAGUGAACACAGUGAUAUGUAGAAUAGAAGAAUCUCAACUAAGUCGAGCCAAAGAGGACCUGAGAGAACAACUUGAUGACAUAAUGCUGCAAGUGAAUCGGAUCAUAAAUCGCUACCAAGGAGGUAUUGAAUUGAAUACAUUCAGAAAAAAGAGGGACUUCUCCUUCAUAGAAAAAGACUUUAAAAAAAAUCGAGUCAACAUAUUGGAAGAAAUAUACCAGCAUAUACAGUCUGCUGAUGUUAAGGAAAGGAUUCUAGCUGAACUUCUAUCCUGGUUGGAAGACUGGCAUUCUGUUUUGUCUGAGGCAACCAUCAGUGAAGAAGAUGAAACAGAUUAUUACCGCUGGAUAUCAGACAUGGAAGCUUUGCCACAAGCCCUCAGUGCUACUGAGCUCAACAUGAAUUCACUGAUUGCAUUUAGCAUUUAUUUCUUAAAAGACAAGAAAAGAUACAAGAAAAGAUUAGCAUCCAAAGGUACCAUGUGGAAAACCUGGAGAGAAAAGGUUCUACGGAAACCUUCAGCAGGAAGUCCUUUGAAACCAGAACAAAUGAUCAAGGAAGAAGCCCUGACAAACAACAAGGUUUCUGAAAUCCUUGGCAUGCUGCAGGAGCUCAUCAGCUCUAAUAUGUUCAACAAAGGUGAAGUUAAUGCUAUUAAAUACAUAAGCUCAACGGCAGCAAACCUUCACAAGGCUUUGGGGUUCCAGAAUCAAGAGAUUAAAAAUCUGAUUUUCCAAUGUACCACAAUGGGAUCAGAAAUAAAAGAGUAUUACGGGCUGGAGAAACAGACCUUCCAGCGGACAAUACAAAUCCUCACUGAUAAAAAUGAGGCACUUGAGAAGGAAUUGCAAAAUCAAGAAGAAAAAUGCAUGGAACUUCUUCAGGCCAAAGCAAAUUUACUACACCAGCUGAGUUUGGCGAAUGCAGGGGCAAACUUACCUUCUGAGGAAACUAUUAGAAAAAGGAGGAAUAUGCUACUAAAAAUACAGGAAAAAAUCAAGCAAGAAUUUGAAGAGACAGUCUCAUCUGAGGAAACUUCACAAGUAGACCUGCCCUCAGUUCCAGAAUACCAGGAAGUAGCCAGGAGUGAGCCUUCAAGCAGAAGAUUGGCCAGAGGUACUGGUAUCAAAUGGGAAUCAAGCAAAGACAAGGGUGGUUUAUCUUUAGAUAGUAAAUCUUCCUCCUUGCAAAUGCCCCCUACCAGCAAAAUCAAGGGUGAUUCAUCUUUAGUUAGUAAAUCUUCCUCGUUGACAAUGCCCUCUACCAGCAAAGUCAAGGGUGAUUUAUCUUUAGAUAGUAAAUCUUCCUCGUCGAUAAUGCCCCCUACCAGUCCUGCGAAAACCCCCAUAAAAUCUUCAAAAGAUGCCUCUGAAGAUCGUUCCAGAACUCCUUCCCCUGAGAUUUUCUCUCCGAGAAAGGCCCCGGUGGAUCGUACUAAGCUACCGAAACCCAAAGGGAAAAUGAAAGGAAGUCCGGAGGAAGUAAGUGAAUCCAAGUCCCAGGAAAGCAAAGGGGAAAAUGGUUUUUUGACAGACAUUUCUAAGAUGAGCAGAUGUCAGGAGCUGAGCUCUGAGCCACCAGAGAGAAAGAGACGCAAGGAAAUCCAAUCUCCUCAGGAGGAUGAAGUGGAAAGUGUAGCCAAACUUGGUGAGUCGCAAGCCCAGAGAAAGAAGCAAAAGGAAAGAGAAAGCCCGCUGACUGAUGAAGAAGUACCCAAGACCACGGAAUCACUCUCGUUUGAAGAGAUUAGUGUCAAGGAAGCUAAAUCUGAUGGAGCUGCUAAGCAAAAGGCAACCAAAAAGGGAAAGGGAAAAAAGGAAAAGACUGUGCCAGAGGCUUACCAAAAUGAUGAACAGCAAAUCCUGCAGGACUAUGAGAAAGCCUUAAUGUCUUUCCUGCAACAGAAGAUUGACAACCUGGGGAAAGGUGGUUCCAAGAGUGAAUUUAAGGAACAGGUACAGCCAAAGAACCCAGAGACUCAGAAGUCUUUAAAAAUAGUAAGGGGAAAGAUGGAGGAAUAUUUCCAAAAAAUGGCCGAGAUUCUGACUAAUAUCUUGAAGAAAUACAAAGAAAAACAAUCAGAGAAGCCUGGAGACCCUACUAAGCCUUCAAAGAAAGGAUCCUUGCUUCUACCAACGCCUCAGGCACUUUUGAAUUUAAGUGAGAAAAUGGAUCCAGUGCUGUCCAACUUACUCAAAGUGCUCUUGUCUGUAGCCGACAACGUGAAAGAGGAAGCAGGAGAAAGAGGGGGAAAGGCUCGGCGCGAACGCAAGGAGCAGGAAGACAAAGUGGGCACUGAAUUGGUCCAUGACCAAAGUUCUCCGAAGCAUCAAGGCAUGCAGUUCAUUAAACAACUGCAGGAGGAGAGACGUCUCUGGAAGGAGACCCAAGAACAGAUACAAAGAAAAUUCCAGCAAGAGAAUGCGUGGUUCCAGAGACAGGAUGAAAAGAGGAGAUGGGAGCUGAAGCAGAGGCAGUGGCAGGCAGAGGAGGAACUGUGGUUGGAAAUGCAGCAGCAGUGGCGGCAGCAGGAGAAAGAGCACAAGCAAAAGCAGAAACAGUGGGAGAUUGAAGCAGCUCAGCAUCAAAUGCUGGUUCCCCAGGAGCUGGAACGAUGGAAGGAGCAAAUAGCCCAAAAAUAUCAAGAACAGGUAGAACUUCAACUGCAGAAAAUGCGGAGACAAGAGGAGGAGCUUCAGAAGCUGUACCCAGAGAAUUUCAGAGAGUGGAGAAAAGUUAAGCAACAAAUGGCGCAAGAGCAGCGGGCUCAGAGAGUGUCACAACAUGGGGGGCCACAGACCCAGGAGCCCCUGACCCUACCCCCAGAGGGUGAGGAGACACUGGCUCUGCCUCUAGAGGGUGAGUCCCUUUCACAGAUGAUGAUGCCAGGUGCCAUGGAUGAGGUGACUCCAGGACAAGACAUAUCAGGUUUAAGAGGAGCCGAUCUUCCUAGGCAGGAGGGAUACGAUGAAACCUAUCUAUCUCCUUACCCACCCCCUGGCAUCCCUACAAAACUCCCCGUAAUGGAGCCUCAACCAGGGACUGCCCCUGGGGAAAUGCCAGUGUACACAACUGCCCCUCAGGAAAGCCCAAUAUCAUGGGCCCCUAGGUACUUUGGAGAGGACCCAGUAUCCUGGGGCCUUCCUACACCUACCACAUCAAGGUACCUUACUACCUCUGGGGAAGCGCCCACGUCAGGGGCUUCUUCAGUCCCUGGAGAAACUCUACUAUUUCAGGAACCUGUUGCCCCUGAGGAAAUUACAAGAACGUGCAGCUCUGCUGCUCUUGAGCAGCCCCCAACAUUGAGACCACCUUUAACCACUGGGCAGCUUGGGCAACCCUUGCCAUCCAGGCUCCCUGCCAUCCCUGGUGAGACUGCAACAUUGUUGGGCCCUGCUGCCCCCAGGGAAGCCCCAGUAUCCUGGGCCACUCCUCACUUUGGGUCACUCCAAAAUCUGGAGGCCCUUAUUGCCCCUGAGCAACUCCAAAUGUCAUGGGUUCCUACAGCCACUGGGCAACUCCAAGCAUCAUGGGUCCCUGCAGAUACUGCACAAUCCCAAAUGUCAUGGGCUUCUGCAGUAUCUGGGCAACCCCAAGUGUCAUGGGCCUCUACAGUCCAUGGGCAACCGCAGAUGUCAUGGGCCCCUGCAGUAUCUGGACAACCCCAAACAUCAUGGGCCCCUGGGCAGCCCCAAGUAUCAUGGAGUACCGUGGAGCCUCAACAGGUCUCUCCAACCCCUGUGGCUCCUGGGCAGUUCCAAGCUUCAUGGGAUUCUAGACAGCCUCCUCCACCUGUGGACUUUGCUGCCCCUGGGGAGCCCCCCUCACCUGUGACCCUUGCUGCCCCUGGACCACCCCCUAUACCUAUGGCUCCUGCUGUCCCAGGACAGCCCCCCACACCUGUGGCCCUUGCUGCUCUUGGGGAAUCCCCCAUCAUACCUGUGACUUUUGCUGCCCCUGGGGAGCCCCCUAUACCUGAGGCCCUUGCUGCUCUUGGGGAGCCCUCCACAUCUGUGACCUUUGCAGCCCCUGGGGAGGCCUCCACAUCUGUGACCUUUACAGCCCCUGGGGAGCCCCUCACACCUGUGGCCCUUGCUGCUCUUGGGGAACCCUCCAUCAUACCUGUGACCUAUGCUGUCCCAGGACAGUCCCCCACACCUGUGGUCUUUGCUGGCUCUGGACAGCCCCCUAUGCCUGUGGCCCCUGCUGUCCCAGGACAGUCCCCCACACCUGUGGUCUUUCCUGGCCCUGGACUGCCCCCUAUGCCUGUGGCUCCUGCUGUCCCAGGACAGCCCCCCACACCUGUGGUCUUUGCUGGCCCUGGACAGCCCCCUAUACCUGUGGCUCCUGCUGUGCCAGGACAGCCCCCCACACCUGUGGUCUUUGCUGGCCCUGGACUGCCCCCUAUACCUGUGGCUCCUGCUGUUCCAGGACAGCCCCCCACACCUGUGGUCUUUGCUGGCCCUGGACUGCCCCCUGUACCUGUGGCUCCUGCUGUCCCAGGACAGCCCCCCACACCUGUGGUCUUUGCUGGCCCUGGACUGCCCCCUAUACCUGUGGCCCCUGCUGCUCCAGGACAGCCCCCCACACCUGUGGUCUUUGCUGCUCCUGGACAGCCUACCACCUCUGUGGCCCCUGGUAUCCCAGAACAGCCCCCGACAUUGUGGCACCCUGCUGCCCCUGAAGAAACCUAUGUGCCACAGUUCACUCCUUCCCUUGGACAGAUGGUCCCACCUGGACGACAGCUGCUCAAGCCAUUGGUCCCUGACAGCCAUAGGCAGUCCCUAACAGCACUGCAACUUUCUGCUCUUGAGAAACUCAGCCUGGAAUUGGCCCCUUCUACAUCUCUGAAGCCAUUUCUGGGUCCUCCUUCUGCUCCAAAGUUUGAGAUGCCACUGUUUCUUCCCACUUCUGGAAAGCCCCCAACAGAAUGGUCCCCAGGAAUCUUGAAGAGAACUCAGCCUCAUACCCCUCAGGAGGAGAGUGGUUACAAGGCCCUAUCACCUCAACCACCUUUUGUUGCUGAACAUUCUUUUCCUGCUGUUAAAUUUUCAAAAUCACCACCUCCACCCUCUGCUGAGUUUCUCCAAAUAUCACAGCUCGUCUCUUCUGCUCAUAUAUCCCCGAAAGUCUGUCUCCCUCCCAUAGAUAACAAGCUCCUGAGGUCGUCCUCUUUUACAGUCACUGAGAAAUCCAGGACAACAGUGUCCCCUCCCUGUCCUAGAGAUUUCUUUGCAUCUGCUCCUCCACCUGAGGAAAGUCGAUACUUUAUUGAUAUUGAGGGUCAAAGGAAGAACCUGAGGAUCCUUAGCCGGGCAGUGGAAGGCCUUCAAUUCCCCUUGAUACUGUAUGAUGCAGUUAAGGAACUCAUAAAUAAGAUGCAUUAUUUGAACCUAAACAGGCUGGGGUGCCUCUUCCGCAAGUACAUUGCCUAUAGGCUGAUCCAGAGUGCCAGGCAAAACAUAGUCAAUCGAAUAAAAGCCAUCAGGAAUUCUGGGAAAGGCCAGGAAGCCCAGAUCCUUUACGUGUUUUUGAAUAGACUUGAUGGAUAUCUGAAAAAAGUGAUGGAGACAUGGACAGUGAAGCAAAGGAUUAUGGAACACAGACGCAAUAUAUGCACAACAAAGAUGAUAGACUUAUAUGGCCAGAUCAAAAAGAGAUAUAAUAUUAAACUUAAUUAUCCAGUACCCUUGGUCAUCCACAAAAAGGAGCCAGACCAUCCUUUGAAAGCUGUGUGCUUCAAACAUGUGGUUCAAUGGUCACUCCCAGAGAAGGUGGAAAAGAAAAAAGAAUUUGAAAUAUUCAAGGCACUUGAGAAACAGAAGGACAAGGUAGAGGCCAUUUGGCGAACUGAUGUGUCCUCCUCCAGUUACCCAAUAGAAACAAAAACACCUAUGAAAUUACUCUGGGAUCAGGUUGGUGGGUAUCCAGAUAUUCCCAGACUGCUGGAAUUAGAUAUCCAUUCUACCUUCAGGAAAUCUCUUGCAUCUAUUCAAUCAAGACUACAUGAAAAGAGACAUGCUGUCCAGAAAAAGAGAGAUUCUAUCAUCACUUGCCCUUAAUGAAGCACAUUUACAGUAUUAGAUUCUGUUCUGGAUUCCACCUUUAGAAAAUAUUUUGAUAAGUUAGAGAAAACCCAGAGGAAGGUGACUAGGAUGGUGAAGAGACAAUCAUAUGUAGACCAGUAGAAGGAACUGCAUAUGUUUAGCCUGGAAGAAGACUUAUUGGGAUUAUAGCUAUCAUCAAAAACUUGAAAAAGAAGACUGUCAUGAGAAAGAGGAAUUCAAUUUGCUUUACUUGGGCCCAGAGGGUACCCAAGCAUUGGUUGAAAACCAGAGACAAAUAAACUUAAUGUAGGGAAGAACCUUCUGACAAUUAUAAGGCUGUGCAAAUUCCUUGGGACAAGCAGCAAUUUUGAUAUGGUUUCAUUCUGUGAUGGCUACAGCUAUGUAUGUGCACUUCUACAAUGCCUAUUCAACAUGUCUGGUCUUGACCAGGUGAAAUUAGAUUGAUCUGGUUUCCCCACCUUAUUACUUUUCUGUCAGUUGACUGUUGGAUUUUUGUGCCAUAUACAUGUAUUUCAUGGUUCUC